UCGCGCCAUACGCCGGCGACGACGAAGACAAAGAAGCGCGUGAACUUGCGCUGGCUGAACGGGAUUCGCUACAGUUCAGAGCAAGCCUAGCGCCACGUCAGGGUCUGUUAAUCCUGCCAAGAAGGACAGCAGGGUGAAGCUACCGCUGACGACCAGCCAACCAGCCAACACAGCGAAGCUCGAAGCCAUGGACCGUGAGCAGGGCGACAUUGGGGAGUCCUUGAACUACAGGCCGAAGUCAUCUGGCGAUGCUUCAGCCACUUCACGCCCGCCAACACCAGUGGUGCGGAAGCGCAUGCCCUCGUCUGCCAAGGAGGAGGACCUUGACGUACGCCGCGCCAUUCUGUCCUGGUUCAGUGAGCAGCUCAACCGCGCACAGCCGUGGGAGCUUUUCGUGGACACUGCGAAAUAUUCCAUUCCCUGGUCGGUUCAGGAGGUUGUCAAACGGAUCCAAACGAACGUGGAUCGUUUCCGCAGCAACUACGGCAUCCUGUUCGUCGUCAUCCUGACGGGCUACGUCAUGUCUAGCCUGGAGCUGGUGGGGGCCAUCGCGAUGGUGGCUGCAGUGUGCGUUGCGCUCAAGCUUCACGAGGACGACGAGACUGCGGCCGUGUGGGGCACGAGGCUGGUGCUCAGCAAGAACCAGAGGCUGGCCGCGGCGGCGCUUGCGGCGUUGGUGCCCCUCUAUGCCGCAGACUUCUGGUCCGCUGUCAUGUGGUCCGCUGGGGCCAUCGUGGCGACUGGAAUGGUCCACGCCACUCUGUAUACCGGGCUUGACUCCUCCAAGAAGGUCGGCAACAAACUGCCGGACAUUCCCGAGGAAGGUGACAACAUGGGUAACAUCUGAGUGAAAUUCCUGUUCUUCAGUUCUUCAAGACAUUUUGUUUGUGACUUUUUUGUUUCACCAGUGUGUCAGUGAACGCGUUUUACUUGUUUUACUUGGCCAAGAGCACGAAAUAUGGCUUGAGAGGUUAAGAGUUACAUCUGUCUUUGAACGUGUUUGCGGCGAGAACUUCAUCUGUCAUGGUGGGCGGUGUGGGUUUUAAAAAUUAAGCUGCACCAAAGCCUCGGAAAUGUCGCGGCACACUGCCGAUGAAGCUCACGCAGCGGGACACUACCUGAGGGGUUCUUCUGUCUGUACCAUUUGUUCUUGUGUGUGUUGACUUUGUUGCAAAGCUGGAAUAAAAUGUCUGGCGUCAUGUA